CAGACGCUGAAGCUGAAGCUGCUGCUGCUGUUAAAUCUGGACAGACUGUUGCGGAUCAGCACAGAGUAGCACUUAUGAAAGCGCACCCACAGUUAAAAAUGCCAAAGAAAAGCAAAGCAAAGAAUAUAAAGAGACGGAGCAGUGAUGAAGAGCAGCUCCCUCCUAAACGGAGCAGGUUGAAGCACAGCAACACUGCAUCCCCUCUGUGCUUCCACAGCCCAGUCAACCUGUUCCAGAGCCUCAUCCAGCCCAUGGAGACAGAGCAGUUCUUCAGGGAGUACUGGGAGAAAAAACCUCUUCAUCUGCAGAGGUCUGAUUCCAGCACAGCUGCCUAUUAUCAGUCUUUGUUCCAACUGUCUGACCUGCACAGCCUGUGUUCUCAGGGUCUGGAAUACUAUAGGGACAUCAACGUUGUUCGCUGCAUCAACGGCAAGAAAAAAGUGCUCAACAAGGUGGGCCAAGUUAAGAACAGUGUUCUUAAUAAGAACUUGGUUCAGGAUAAGGCCACAAUCCAGUUCCACCAGCCACAGAGGUUCAAGAAUGAGCUAUGGAGGAUCCAGGAGAAGUUGGAGUGUUUCUUUGGAGCUUUGGUGGGUUCUAAUGUCUACAUCACACCACAGGAGUCCCAGGGCCUUCCAGCUCACUAUGAUGAUGUUGAGGUGUUUAUUCUGCAGCUUGAGGGGCAGAAACGUUGGCUUCUCUACACUCCUACUGUUCCGCUGGCAACAGAGUACAGCGUGGAAUCAGAUGAGAGGAUCGGCAGCCCAACCCAUGAUAUUGUAUUGGAGGCAGGAGAUCUUCUGUACUUUCCCAGAGGAACCAUCCAUCAAGCAAGCACUCCAACAGGAGUAGACCACUCCACCCACCUGACUCUCAGCACAUACCAGAGAAUGUCAUGGGGAGAUUUACUGUUGGACAUAUUUCCCAGCUUGCUGUGUGACAGCAGCAGGAAUGAAGUAAGCCUGAGAGAGGGCAUGCCCAGAAGACUCCUACUGGGCAGCAGUGAAUGUCUGGACACCAGGAAGUGGCUGGCCACUAGGCUCAGAUCUCUGGCUGAUAAAAUGGAAACAGGGAUGUACGAAGUCCGCUCCACUCACAUGAAGAGAGACUUCAUCAUGAACAGACUGCCACCAUGCAGCCAGCAGCAGCUUACACCAUCUGGGAAGAUUCCUGCCUUGGAGGACAUGGUGUGUUUGAGAUUUAAAGAACAUAUAGUAAUAACAGUGGAGCCUAGCCAAGACGAAACGGAUGAAGCCACGGACCUUGUGGUCUUUGUCUUACAUUCUUUGAAGAACCAAAGGAAGAGCCACAUGAUGGGUGAAAUGAAUGAUGACAAGGUGGAACAGGACAUCUCCAGGGGGCUAAAGUUCCCUCUGUCCCACCUCCAGGCCCUCCGGCAACUCCAACAGGUAGAGCAGCUGGCUGUGGCCCAGCUCCAGCUUCCUACACAGGAGGACAAACUCAGUCUGGUCCUGGCUCUGUGGAGUGAGAGCCUGCUGGUUGUGGUAUAGCAUGUUGUUGAUUUUCAUGAGUACCUCUCAAUAUUUCUCUUUCCCUUUUGUUUUUUCUUGCACCUCCUGAAUAAAGCUGCCACAGCUUCAGCUGUG